AUGAGCGCAGGCUACGUGGAGGCGUACGACCCGCGGGUGUCGCGGCGAGUCUCGCUCUCUCACAUCUCUCGGCUCCCCAGAGACGCCUCUUCACUACCCUCGGACCUCCUCUUCGCGCUGCUGCUGUCCAAGGGAGGUGUUGCGCUCGCCCUACAUGCGUCGAGGGACUGGCUGUUCGCGCAGGGAUACCCGGCGGUGCGGUUGACGGCCCCCGUCCUGGCUGCGGCGGGCGGUGCGUUGAUGUUGUGGGAACGGCCAUGGGCGGCGACAAAAGGCGGCAAGCGGAGAACGGAGCCGCCAAAUCCUGUAUAUUCUCUCGUCGUCUACCUCGAUAUCCUAUUCGCCCUUCUAUCUGUCUCUCGCCUUUCUGUCCUGCGCUUCAUCCUCCUCACCUCCUUCGCGCCUCUGUGGGCUCGCGCGCCACCGUUCGUCAAAAUCGCAGGGCGAAGAGCGGGCGAGCGAAGCAAUACCUUCGCUAUCACAACCGCGAUGGUCGUCCUCUCGUACCUGGCCGACUCGACACUAUCGAGAUCGGCCAGUCGAAGCGGCUACCUCUGCCUUCUCGGCCACCUCCUUGCAGCCGGAUACCGGUCCGAGCUGUACGGGGCGCACAACGGUGACGAGCAGCAAAGAAGCGCGAUGCACGCAAAUUCCACCGUCGUCGCUGCAAUCGGUGCAAGCGUGCUGGCUAUCCUCCAAGCCGCCUUCUUCUCCUCUACAAGAGCGUCAUCGCCUGCACCCUCAGACCCCUUCUUCCCAGCACCCGAUUCCAGCUCUUCCCUCCAUCUCCUCGUCGCCGCCUUUCUCGCCCUCACCUACCUCUGCAUCGAUCCUCUUCUCACGCGCACUCUCCUUACACACAUUCCGCCUGUUCGACUGUUGCGGCCCGGUUGGCCGCUCACGGCUGUUGCGACGGCCUUCAUCGGCUACGUCGGCUUCGGAAAGGCGCCCGGUCUGAGCGAGCUCGCUGUCGGCCUGAUCGCCUGGGGAGCUAUCCGGCACAUCGCUUCGACCGACCCGCGCUCGACUGUCGUCCCAGCUUCAGGCGGCGUUUCGACCGGCUCUUCCUCGCCAGACCAACCCUUCCUCACCCGUCUCGCCACCUUCUACCGCCAUUUCCGCGCGACGAUCAAGACCAUCCUCGCCUCGCCCGAAUCCCGCCGCAUCUACUUCUUCCUCUGCCUCAACCUCGCCUUCAUGUUUGUGCAGAUGGCGUACGGGAUCUGGACGAACAGUCUCGGUCUGAUCUCCGACUCCAUUCACAUGUUCUUCGACUGCCUCGCGCUCGCUAUGGGCCUCUUCGCAUCCGUCAUGGCGACCUGGUCAUCCAACAGCGUCUACACAUACGGCUACUCCCGUGUCGAGACCCUCUCCGGCUUCGCAAACGGCAUCUUCCUCUGCCUCAUCUCGAUCUUCAUCGUCUUUGAAGCCAUCCAGCGCCUCCUCGACCCGCCCGAGAUGAACACCGGCCAGCUCCUCACUGUCAGUGCAGUAGGACUUGCUGUCAACCUUGUCGGUAUGGUUGCGACAGGCGGGCAUCACGGACAUUCGCAUGGAGGCGGGGGCGGACACGGACACGGGCAUGGGCACAGUCAUGCGCCGGUCCGCUCGAACUCGACACCCUUCCUCGUCAAAGGCGGCGAAGACGAGCACGCUGAGCAUCACGGCCAUUCGCACAACGGCCACUCGCACUCCUCGCAAACCGCUACGCCGACACGACCCUCGCACAACCGCUCGCACUCGCAUGCACCGCCCGCUCCUUCGCUGCCGCACCUCGCAUCUCCCUCGCCAUCGCACCAUCGCUCCCACUCCCACUCGCACUCUCACGCUCCUUCAACGCCCACUUCGAAUGGGCACUCACACGACGCGCAUGACGGACACGGCGGACACGGCGAGCAGGGCGACUGCGAGUCGGAUGACGAGGACGAAGGAGGCGCCGAGUCGGCUCACGCCCACGACAGCCACAACAUGAAGGGCGUCUUCCUGCACGUCAUGGCGGAUACGCUCGGCUCCGUCGGCGUCAUCAUCUCGACGCUCCUGAUCAACCGCUACGGCUGGACCGGGUUCGAUCCGCUCGCGUCCAUCUUCAUCGCCGUCAUGAUCUUCGUCAGCGUCAUUCAGCUUGUCAUUGACUCGGGGAGGCUGCUCGUGCUGGACAUGGGCGAGGAGAAGGAGGCGGAGGUGCGGAAGGCGUUGACCGCGCUCGGCCGCGUCGAGGGCGUCGCCUCGUUCACCAAGCCACGGUUCUGGCAGAAGGACCCGUCCUCCAUGGUCGGCUCCAUCUGCAUCCAGCUCGCCCCGGCGUCCGGCUCCGCCUACGACGCCCACGGCCGUCCGACACAGUUCCACGUCAGCAUCGACCGCGUCCAUGUGCGGGUACGGCGGGUCUUGCGAAGCCACAUAGCUGGACUGGACGACCUGACGAUCCAGGUCGAACCGACUGGCGGGCUCGGGUAG